GCAGCGCUGCCCGCUCAGCCGUGCAGAGUAUCGUGUAGUCGUUAACUUAAAAAGCCUCAUUAAAAAGCCGUUUUGGACGCGACUGGGAUAAGAAAAAAAAUGGCAUCUGAAGUCAAACGACCCAAGGUGGAUGAUGUUCCUCUGCAGAACUUCCUACGUUGGUGUGACAGUGUCAGACUGGUACUCAGCACUAAGGUCUACGUGAGCAAAGAGGGCUCGGUGGCGGACUACGGGAUGUUUGCCAAGGACCACAUCGAGGAAGGCGAGGUCCUAUUCACCGUUCCCAGAUCGGCUCUCCUCCACCAAGGGACGACAAAAGUCUCCGCCCUGCUGGAGCGAGAGAAGGGGGCCCUGGAGAGCUCGUCAGGCUGGGUGCCCCUCCUCCUGGCGCUGCUGUAUGAAUACACCUCGCCGCAAUCUCACUGGAGACAUUAUCUGUCGCUCUGGACCGACUUCAAGACUCUGGAUCAUCCUAUGUUCUGGUCCAAAGAGGACAGAGACAGUCUGCUGCGGGGGACUGGAGUUCCCGAGGCCGUGGACGCGGACCUGACCAACAUCCGGAGGGAGUACGAGGACCUGGUCCUGCCCUUCAUGGCCAAGCAUGCAGACCUGUGGAGUCCUGACACGCACACGCUGGACUUGUACACGCAACUGGUGGCUUUUGUCAUGGCCUACAGUUUCCAAGACCCACAUGAAGAGGACGACGAGGAGGAGGAGACCUCCACUCCCCCCAUGAUGGUCCCUAUGGCCGACAUGCUCAACCACGUGUCCGACCACAACGCCAACCUGGAGUUCACGCCAGACACGUUGAAGAUGGUGAGCGUGCGUGGCAUCGAGAAAGGCCACGAGGUGUUCAACACGUACGGGCAGAUGGCCAACUGGCAGCUCCUGCACAUGUACGGCUUCACCCAGCCGUAUCCUAGCAACAGCAGCGAGACGGCGGACAUCCCGGUCGCCAACUUGCACCACGUCGCCGCCACAGACCCCGAGGUGGACCCGCAGCUCUCCAAGGAGAAGUGGGAGAUGCUACGCGAGAUGACGCUAGAGAAAGGAGCGCUCGUUUUCGGCAAGGAUGGCUGCCUCACCGACACGGAGCUCCACACCGUGCUGAAGGUGCUGUGCAUGUCCAAGGAGGAGCUCGCAGAUUUCAGAGACAACGACGGCUGGGAGGAAGAGGACGAAGAUGAAGAGGAGGGGAUCGCCCGGGCCUUCUCCAACGAGGGGCUGUGCGGGCUGAGGAGCGAGUGGAAGCGGCUCCUCCACGGCGCGGCCCGUCUGACCGUGAGGUCCUACAGCCAGGAGAGCGUGGACAGGGACCAGAGUCUGAUGGAGGACCAGGCCGCGCUGACUCCACUCAGCAGCAGGCAGAAGAACGCACUGCAGGUCCGCUACGGGCAGAAGAGCAUCUUGUACAAAGUGAUGGAGCUCACAAAGACAUGAACUUGGAGUGUUCUUCUGCAAACCUUCACAUUGGUCGUCAUGGUGACGCUGCAACAACAGCAGUUAGGAAAGAUGCUAUUUUCUGUAAAAAGUUUUGACUUGAACAUUUCACAUCAUUUCCAGCAUUUUUGUAUGUUUUCAAGCCAUUUUCUGUCAGAAAAAAUCAAUCAGAAGCCAUUUUUCUACAAAAUACAAUAUAUUCAUAACCUCAA